GCCCGCGUCCGCCGCCACCCGGCGCGUCCCCGCCGCCGCCUGGAUCCCUGCACUCGGGUGCGCACGCUCGCUUGCCUGCUUCCUGCCGCCGCCGCCGCCUGGGCCAUGGCGACCUGUUUUCGGCUGCGGAGCUGCCUGGCCCUGCACCUCCCCCGGACGCCUCCCAGCCGGGUCCUCCGCCCCCGCGCCGGCUACCCGGUGGCCCGGAUUCGCGGCUACGCCCGGGGCCCAGCGGGCCUUUCCUCGGCCCUGCUGCGCACCGACGGCUUCGUGGGCGGCAGCUGGCUCUCGGCCGCCGACACCUUCCCGGUGCACGACCCGGCCAGCGGCGCCGAGCUGGGCUUGGUGGCCGACUGCGGGGUACCCGAGGCCCGCGCCGCCGUGCGUGCCGCCUACGAGGCUUUCUGCAGCUGGAGGGGGGUCUCGGCCAAGGAGAGGAGUUCUUUACUUCGGAAAUGGUACGACUUAAUGAUACAAAAUAAGGAUGACCUUGCCAAGAUAAUCACAGCUGAAAGUGGAAAGCCACUAAAGGAGGCACAGGGAGAAAUUCUCUAUUCUGCAAAUUUCCUGGAGUGGUUUUCAGAGGAAGCCCGCCGCAUUUACGGAGACAUUAUCUACACCCCAGCAAAAGAAAAACGGGCCCUGGUCCUCAAGCAGCCCCUCGGUGUGGCCGCAGUCAUCACCCCAUGGAACUUCCCCAGCGCCAUGAUCACGAGGAAGGUGGGGGCCGCCCUGGCAGCAGGCUGCACGGUAGUGGUGAAACCUGCCGAGGACACGCCCUUCUCUGCGCUGGCCUUGGCCGCGCUUGCAGACCAGGCUGGAAUUCCUCCGGGUGUAUACAACGUUAUUCCCUGCUCUCAAAAGAAGGCCAAGGAAGUAGGGGAAGCACUUUGCACGGAUCCCCUAGUGUCUAAAAUUUCCUUUACUGGUUCAACAGCCACCGGAAAGGUCCUGCUGCAUCAUGCAGCAAACUCUGUGAAGAGGGUGUCCAUGGAGCUGGGCGGCCACGCCCCAUUCAUCGUGUUUGACAGUGCCAAUGUUGACCAGGCUGUUGCCGGGGCCAUGGCAUCUAAAUUUAGGAACUCUGGACAGACUUGUGUUUGCUCAAACCGUUUCUUGGUGCAAAGGGGUAUCCAUGAUUCCUUUGUGAAAAAAUUUGCCGAGGCAAUGAAAACAAACCUGCACGUGGGUAAUGGAUUUGAGGAGAGAACUACUCAAGGCCCGUUAAUUAAUGAGAAAGCUGUAGAAAAGGUAGAGAAACAUGUGAGUGAUGCCAUUUCCAAAGGGGCCACCAUUGUGACAGGUGGGAAGCGGCAUCAAGUUGGAAAAAAUUUCUUCGAGCCCACCCUGCUCAGCAACGUCACCCGAGACAUGCUCUGCUCUCAGGAAGAGACGUUUGGGCCCGUGGCACCAGUUAUCAAGUUUGAUACAGAGGAGGAGGCGGUGGCGAUCGCUAACGUGGCCGACGUCGGGCUGGCAGGUUACUUUUACUCUCAAGACCCAGCCCAGAUCUGGAGGGUGGCGGAGCGGCUAGAGGUCGGCAUGGUUGGCGUUAACGAAGGCUUGAUCUCCUCCGUGGAGUGCCCUUUCGGUGGGGUGAAGCAGUCUGGCCUUGGGCGAGAGGGCUCCAAGUAUGGCAUUGACGAGUACCUGGAGCUCAAGUACGUGUGCUUUGGAGGCUUAUAGGAUUCCUUAGUUCUUUAAAAAAUAAGAAAGGAAGCUUCGCCACAUGUAUGGGGACAUGCCAUCCAUUAUUUUAAAUAAGCCCAUAGGGUAUCUGAAUUAGGAAUUUUUUUUUUCGGGCCUCUCACUGCUGUGGCCUCUCCCAUUGCGGAGCACAGGCUCCAGACGCGCAGGCUCAGCGGCCAUGGCUCACGGGCCCAGCCGCUCCGUGGCACGUGGGAUCCCCCUGGACCGGGGCAUGAACCCGUGUCCCCUGCAUCGGCAGGCGGACUCCCAACCACUGCACCACCAGGGAAGCCCUGCAUUAGGAAUUUUUUUAAAGCUCAUCCAAUCCUCGUAAUCUUAAACAGAUGCAAAUCCUACCCCUCCCCCUACCUGACUAGGGACCAAUACAUGCCAUGCGCCCGAGGCCGCAGACUCCCCGAGAACCAGCAUAGGGUUUAUAGAAUGAAGCCCUGGACUCCACCACGACCCCAUCUGCCUCAGAGCAAAGUGCAGCGUGAGGCCAGCCGGCCCCCGCAGCCCCAUGGUCACGGCUGGAUCACUGCCUGGGCGCACUAAAGACACUUGCUGGGUAUUCCGGGGUGUUGCUGCAGAGGCUGAACCACUCAUUUUUUGAGACUUCAGAAAUAGCACGGAAUUGCCUGUGUUUCUUUGAGACAUGAAGGAACCCCUCUCCCUUUUUCGACCAUUUUUUACAUUGAAGUCUCCAUUGUCCUAAAUUAACUGCUUAAAGGUUUUUUCCUUUCUGUGCUGUUUUCCAUGUCAUGUUGUUUCCGUUAGGAAAUAAGCCUAAGCAUAAAGCACAGCAGCUUGGUGGGAUGGAUGGCCCACGAGUAAUGGCCUGGCCUGGCUUUGUCCCCGUGGAUGUGACAUUCAACCCCUCCCCGCCCCCCGCCGCACCCGCAUCCCUCAGGAGAGCGGAGAUUCUAUACAUGCCUUAUUUAGCUCCAUGGGCUAUUGUGAGCCUCAGAGAAAGUGAAGGUGUUUGCCAAAAAGUAAAAAUUCAGUGUAAGUGCAGGAGUCGUCAUUAUUAUGAGCAGCACGUCCCAGCCCCGCUUGGGUGUCCGGCAGUGGCUUUGCCAAGGUGAGCGGAGGUUGGUACCCACCUGCCCAGCACCUGAGCCUGAGUGAGGGCUCGUCACCUGCAGCCUGCUGUUUCUGUUCUUAUGAAGCGCUGCUCCUUCACCUGCAAAAGAGCAAAAGCACUUUCACGACAAUAAUCCCAAAAGGAAAAAGGAUUUCCAUAAUUGCCAAUUGGAAGAGGCAUGAGGUUUUGCCCUUCAGGCACCUUUUAUCGAAUAAGAGUUUUUAUAGUUCAUCAUUUAAAACAAAAACAAAAAAACCCUAUGACCACUGUUUCCUGUCACUCUGAAAACUCUGAUUAAAUACACACUAGGCUUUUCUGUAUCAUGUCUCCGUCUGUCCUGGUAUACAAGGAAAAGGAAUAAAAGCUGUUCCUGGUGGAAUAGACAAGGAUGAAGCACCUCCUUUUCCACUCUCUCUGUGUGCACACUCCACUGACAUUCUGUGGAUAUUUUGGGGAGCAGAAGGAAAACAUGAAUGAAAGUAGUGCUAGAGGCAGUCACUCCUGGACCCAGCUGGGAUGUAGCGUCCCUCACUGAGCCAUGGGGAGCUGAAUAGCUAAAGGUCUGAGAUGUCCCUGUGCACAAAAGUACCAUGGCUAGGGCUUCCCUGGUGGCGCAGUGGUUGGGAGUCCGCCUGCCGAUGCAGGCCAUGGCCGCCGAGCUUGCGCGUCCGGAGCCUGUGCUCCGCAACGGGAGAGUCCGCGGCAGUGAGAGGCCCGCGUACCGGAAAAAAAAGAAAAAAAAAAGUACCAUGGCUAGUCUUGGAGCUGCCUUGUGUUUGCCCUGGGUUACAUCUGCCAUCUCCCCUAAGGCCCAAUAAGGAAUGAGCUGAAAUCCACCUCCUGGUAACAUGCAUCGCUCAGACCCUGUCCAGAAUCACGUACGCAUCAUAUCGACAGUGAGUUUCUACUUUUUAGUUUUAGGGUUGUUUUAUGUAACACCCUAAUUACUUAAUAUUUAGGUGUGUCCAUCUGGUUGCUAUUAACAAUAAAAAUGCUCUAACACUCGUUUUUAGAAGUCUGGAAUACUGGUGCUUGAAAUGUUUGGAGGAAUACAUUCAAAUACAUUUGUAACUUUGUAAAUCAGUGAAUGUCUUGGCUGGGUGGCAAUUUUGAGUUUUCUAGUAUAUCUGGCUCACCAGGUACAUAAAUUGAAGGCCAGACACUCAUUCCAAUAUCUUUGAUUAAUUCUGGAAUUAAAAUAAUUUGAAAAGGAAGUAGCUUACUGUUAGUAAAAUUGUUCUGGGUUGUGGGGAAAACAGAGAAGUAUUUUUAAAUGAACAUUUUGGGGGCUGUUUUUCAAUAAGGUAACCAUAUGUGAUGGAUUUUUUUUUAAUGUAUGUUAUAAUAUGAAAUAGAAAAGGACCAUUAAACCAGGGGUUGGCUCACAGCCCAAAUCUGGCCUGCCGUCUGCUUUUGUACAACCCAGAGCUAAGUAUGGUUUUUAUAUUCCCAAAGGAGUGGUUGGGGAAAAAAAAUCAAAAGAAUGGUAUUUCAUGACACGUGAAAAUUUUGUGAAAUUCAGAUUUCAGUGUCCAGAAAUAAAAUUUUAUUGGAACCCAGCCACAUCCAUUCAUUUACCAUAUGAUCUAUGGCUACUUUCUUGGCAAAGCUGAGUAUCUGCAGCACAGACAGUAUUGCCCACAAAGCCUAAAGUAUUUACUCUUUGGCUUUUUACAGAAAUAAUUUGCCAACCCCUGAUCUAAACCUAGAGGGAGAUAUUGACCUUCCCCCGUUUAUGAGGCAUUAUAUCAUUUUAUUGAACACCUACUGUGUAAAAAAUACUUUUCUGGGCCUUGCUCCAGUGAAUUCUCACCAAGAACUUCCCAGCAAUUAUCACAUAACUCAUAUGAAAUUACCCAGAGAAUGGGAGUCUACUGGCCUUGAAAAAAAACACUUCUCAAUUUACUUUCCCCAGCUAUGCAGGGAUUCUCAUUUAAAAAGCUCCUCUGUACCUAUUAUCUUUAUCCAUUUGAGUAGCUUUUAAAUACAAUUUUAUGUCAAGCGCUGGUUCAUCUACCUUUAUUUUUAUGUAAAGACUCAGUGAAAGUAAAGAUCAGAAGCACAAUGCAAAUAACUCUAUUUUAUUGUAAACUUGUAUCAUUAACUUUAAACUGUGCCACAUGACUGCCUUCUCGGAAGGCUGGAGCCCAGGGUUUUAACUGUUCACGAGCAGCUAUGGUAGAUAGCAUUUUACUUGAAUGAUAUUUAUGCUGUGAUUAUUUUUGUGCUGUAUUUUAUGGGAUAAAACUUGGGAAUAAGUGUAGUUGGAAGUGUGGAAAUAUUUUGUUUUUUAAACAUGCACAAUUCAUUUUUCCAGUUUUUGAUAAUUGUAUGUGUGUGUCAAUGUCUUGUCAGCAGAGUUGUGCGUGUGUAACUAAUAAAGGUCGAAUUAACAGAA